CGCACCUACCGGUUGCCGAUCACCGAAACACGUUUUUUCGCUUCCCGUCCGCGUUGCUCAACGUUACCCAUUAAUACCGUUCCGUCGUUCCGCCGUACAUUAACCGACACCUUGACGGUACCGCUCUCCGUCCGUUCUCUCGUAACGUUCUUUUUCGUCGUCGCCGAAUUUAACGGACAUGGCAGGCUUUUUGAAAAUUAUGUCCGACUUAUCUACAGUGCACAAUACAUGUAGCGCCACGAAAUGUCAAAGUAUUUAUAAAGAAAAUAGACACUUUCACAGAGAGGCUGGAUUAUGGGAAAUAGUUAUGUGCUACAAAUGCGGUUUAUAUGGAACACAUAGAGUGUGCAGUUUUCUCGAAUUGUACCAACUAUGGCACUGUAAAGCAUGCAAAGUCGAUGGAGGUAUACAAGAAGAAAGAUUGUCGUCUCAGAAGAGAGGCAUGGCAAUACAGUACAUGGAUGCCUAUACAGUACCUGUUCUCAACGCUUCUGUUCGGGUCUCAGAAAGGCGUACUUGCAAUAUUGAAAAAUGUCUUUGUCCUCAUAAAGAGAACCGAAAAUAUCAAAAUAAGAUUGGAUCCUGGGAAAUACUACUAUGCUCCAAAUGUGGUAUUAGCGCAACACAUAGGAUAUGCAGUUUUGUUAAAUGUUUUCAACCAUGGUGCUGUAGAGCAUGUCAAGCCAAACGCAGCCGCAAUCAUUAAACUAUAUAAUUUUGAUUCAUAUGACAACAAUGUAACAGUGCACAGGUAUUGGUUUAACUUCAAGCAACUACUAUCAUCAAAAUAACACAUGAAACAUAAAAAUUAAGUAAUAAUUGGACUAUCAGGUCUCCUAUAUACUAUAUAUUUAGUAGAUACUAAUAUAUACUAUAUUGUUCAUGCUGUAUACAUUACAAUAACUACGGAAAAAAUUAUACAAAAUGAGACAGAUGGAUUGGUUUUCUGCUAUAUAUAUCAUAUAAGCGGCUUACCAAUUUAAAACUACUUUCUGUAAUGACACAUAAUAUAUUUCACAAUUUUACAUGUUGUAGAUAAUUACUAAUUUAUUUAAAUACAAACUCCAUAACACUGCCCAUCAUUAUUAAUAUCUAACUA